AUAAUUAAUUGAGUACUGAUAUCGAAAUGGAUUCGCGUAAAUUUGGAGAUCCAUCGUUAAUUGCUUUCUACUCUUUGACUUUGGCAGUGUAAUUUAAAUUGAUUUUAAUGUUUCUCCGAAUGCGUAAAGAGGCAACGAACGAGAGAAUUAAGUAGUCCGUGACCACAUUCUAAUAAAAGAGCAUUAGCCUCUGUUCUUGCUCUACUUUCACCGUUACAAGUUCCUUCUGCGUCUAUUUUCUCUUUUAAACACGAAAUGUUAAGUCUUUAUCGACCGAGUUAAUUUUAUUUCUCAACCGAAUAGGAAAAAACUUUCGGACCGCAAGGCAAGGUUUUGUCGCGGUUUUAUUUGUUUUCGUUCUCGGUUUCCAGUUUCGAUUAGGUACGGUGGCCGCACCGCCGCAGUCUCGAUAACAAAUUAUUUAUCAUGUGAAUAUCGUCAUUAAAUUAUGAAGCGAAACCAAUAGUUUGGCAUCACAGGAUUUUGAGAGGCGGAUUAUUAUUUCGUCUGCUUAUCAAGUAAUAAUUUGUCAACAAUAAUGUGACUCAUGAAUUGAAACCAUUAAUAGGAGAACAUUAUAUUAAAAUGGUGGUUUACGAAAUACCUUUGGUGUCGUCCAAUUUGCGUCCAAAUGAAAUGAUCAUUCAGAUGGCAGAUACCUUAGAGUUUCUGGAUCAAGUGUCUAGUGAUAUUUUUGCCAGAGUUACACAACAAAUUCAGGAAAGCCGAACGAGAAUCAGCAACAUUCACAAGAGAGUUGAAGUUGCACAGUCCAAGAUUGAUGGACUCAAAGGCAGCCGCAAGGCCACCAAGAUAUUUUCAAGUUCAAGAUUUCCUGGGAAUUUGCAGGCCAACAGCAAAAGCAUUUUCCAUAAAUCUAGCGUGAAAUUCAGCAGAACUAAAAUAGACUUUGAUGGUUCAGAAUCUAUUGUGGAUGGAGACAUGGUUUUCUAUCCCACACAUCAACAAAAUGGAGCAAGACGUCAAACACCUGCUCCUCCGAGUUCUGUAUCAGAACUUUUGAUUUUCAACACAGAAGAUCUUGCCUUCCAGAGACAGUCAAAUUCAGAUAAAUCUUCUAAAUCAACUCUGCGUCGUAAACACGAUUCCGAAAUCUCUACCGACACUUCAAUCGGGGAAGCCCCUUGGUCCAUCAGUAGUCAAAGAGAUCAACUUGAACGAAGCAAUCCUCUAAAUUUUUCCUACAUGCCCGGACUGGGAGACGUUCCGGAAUUGGAUCUUCCUUUGGCCCUUCCAGACUUGCCAGGUGUUGCGGAUGAUUUGGCCUACAACGAAGACGUUGGCCCAGGGAUCGCACCUUCACUGAUAGCGGCCCUGCCCGAUUUAUCUCAACUAACUGAAAACAUCAAAACUGUUAAACAUUUCCCUGUUCCACCACCACCUCCGCCGUUCAUUCCUGCUCCAGUCAUCUCAACACCUCCUCCGCCCCCACCACCUUUAGCAACAAUUCCACUUCCUCCUCCUCCCCCUCCACCACCUGCUGUCAAUCUUCCUUUACCUCCACCACCACCUCCUCCUCCUGUGCCUACAUUGCCAGCCGUGAAAGCAUCACCAAGUAUUCCAGCUCCGGGCACCAAGCCCAGCGCUGCGCCGCUGGAUCGUUCUAACCUGAUGGCGGCCAUUCGGGAAGCGGGUGGAUUGAAUAAACUAAAAUCCUCUGCUCGUGUCAAGCACACGCAGGCGGUUAAAGAGCAACAACAGAGUGGCAGUAGUAAAUCUUCGGCUUCAACAUCUCAUCAAGCUCCGGCGGGCGACUUGAUGGCCGAUCUCUUUAACAAGCUUUCCAUGAGGCGAAAGGGAAUUUCUGGUCAGAAUCAAGAGGUUGCCGGCCCGAUGGAAAGAAUUUCCGCCAUGAUUCCACCUCCUCCUCAUCCAGCAGGCGCCAACGUCUCCAGUUCAGAUGAAGUUGAAGAUUGGAAAUGAUAUAUAUUUUUUUUUGUCGAUUGAAAUUACAAAGAAAUACAAUCGCGAGCCUCAGAAACAACACACAAGAACGAAUAAGUAAAUAUAGAAAAUCGCAAAUUUCAA